AUGUCGCUGUCGGUGAAGAGGAAGCUGGAGUCGGGGGGCGACGACGAUGGCGAGGAAGACGGCGGCGGAGAAGAGCGGGCAGCGCCAAUAUUCCCUCUUCGGAGGACGAAAGGCGAACGGGAUCAGCUGUAUUACGAAUCCUACUCGGAUAUCUCGGUCCACGAGGAGAUGUUGUCGGAUCGCGUCCGCACCGACGCCUACCGCCAGGCCAUUCGGCACAACCAGGCCGCGCUGCAGGGCAAGACGGUGCUGGACGUGGGCGCGGGCACGGGCAUCCUCAGCAUCUUCUGCGCCCAGGUGGGAGCCCGGAGAGUGUACGCCGUGGAAGCCAGCGCCAUCUGGCAGCAGGCCCAGGAGGUGGUGAAGCUCAAUGGCCUGGAAGAUCGCGUGCAAGUCCUGCCUGGCACUAUGGAGACGGUGCAACUGCCCGAGCAAGUGGACGCCAUCGUGAGCGAAUGGAUGGGCUACGGCUUGUUGCACGAAUCCAUGCUGAGCUCGGUGCUGCAUGCCAGGACCAAGUGGCUCAAAGAAGGAGGCUUGCUCCUGCCGGCCUCUGCAGAUCUCUUCUUGGCCCCCAUCAAUGAUCACAUGCUGGAGCUGCGCCUGGGAUUUUGGAGCCAGGUGAAGCAAAGCUACGGCGUGGACAUGAGCUGCUUGGAGAGCUUCGCCACGCGCUGUCUCAUGGGCCGAUCUGACAUCGUGGUGGAGAGUCUCAGCGGGGAAGAUGUGCUGGCCCGGCCUCAAAUGGUGGCCCAGCUCAAUCUGGCCCAUCUGGGCCUGGAGCAAGAAUUGCAGACUGGAGUGGGUGGGCGCUUCAGCUUCAGCAGCUACGGUUGUGCACCCUUGCAUGGCUUUGCACUCUGGUUCCAAGUGACUUUCCCCGCAGGGGAUGCUGAAAAGCCUUUGGUGCUGUCCACUUCUCCCUUCCAGCAGGCCACGCACUGGAAACAGGUCCUCCUCUACCUCAACGAGCCUGUGCAAGUGGAGCAAGACACUCAGAUUACAGGGGAGGUCACGCUGCUGCCCGCUCUGGAUAAUCACCGGCUCCUGCGGGUGCAAUUGCGUUACAAAGUGGACGAUCAGGAAGAACAAACCAAAGACUUUGCCAUGCCCGAGUGA